AUGAAGUCUACUUGCGUCUUACCCUCACUUUCAGAUUUAUUGAACCCUACAACAGCACCUUACUAUAAUCAUCAUCAACCACAACAGCAAAGAUACACAAGACCGUCAUCCCAUUCAGUGCUCCAAGUAUCUAAUCUGCUCACAGAAGACGACAUGGAGGACUAUGACGACGAGCCCGUAAAAGCUAAAAGAAAAAGGGCUUCUCCAACUCAAUUGAGUGUUCUCAACCGAGUGUUUGAACAGACAUUUUUCCCUUCAACAGAGCUACGAAUGGAAUUGGGAAAACAACUUGGUAUGAGCCCAAGAACAGUUCAGAUUUGGUUUCAAAACAAGCGUCAAUCCAUAAGAACACGAGAGCGAGUCGUGACCCAUAUCGCAUCGCCACCCAUUUCACCUUCAAUUCGACAUUAUGCAUCUCCACCACCACCACCUACAAACCAUCAUCAUUAUAGCCAGAAGCCUGCCCACAUCUCGCUUCCUCCACUUCGACUACCUCCACCACCUACGUUUCCAUUGACCCCAUCUUCAUCGGUGCAAUCGAGCCCAAACUCCUUUGAUAACUCGAUUCUCUUUCGUGAUUACUGA